UCGACCUCAGCCAAGCCGAUGACGCCUCGUGUUUAUCUUUUGCCCCUUUUAGCAAAUCAACGUCCACCAAAAACGCAGUUCCUGAUUCUACUAUGGAGUUCCUGUUUCAACUCUGCACACCUCGGGUAUAAAUUUAUGCUUGGAGUUAUUCUUGGGCUGUGGCUGUCCACGACAUGGGAACGCGAAUCACUGAACUAAAAGUAGAGUUUCGCCACCACUGAGACAAAGCCGCAGCAAACAAUGGCGUCUAGGGGGGCGGCAGUGGCAACUAGCAUCUCCAUCUCACCGCCGCUACUUUUCUAUGAGACGCCAAGCGCAUUCCUGCAACGGUAAGGGGCUAAAUUGCUGCCCUUCCACACUCCCUAUCCACAUGUUCCCAAGAGCCUUGCAUAUCUUGCAUAUAUCCCAGAUCCAAGACAUUCUGCCCCAUAUUAAAACAUUUAGUGCUACCUCUCGUACCUGGGACUCCGAGACACACGUCAUAAGGGCGGCCGGAUGGCUGGAUGGCUGUCACCUUCGCUGUAGUGACACAAAUCUCUUCAGUUAAGACAGAAACCAGCAGAAACAGGUCAAUUGUCACAUUGCCAUCCUCUUGAACAUCUUUUACCAAUCCUAGACGCGCCUGCAUGUCAAGUACUCACCAUCAGCUGCAGCCAGCAAAGUCGAUCCCCCCCCUUAGCCGUUAUAACGCUUAGAUCUGCCGUGUGAAAAUCGGUGCCUCGCGAGGCACCGAUUGUUAACGCUUGUAUGGGCACCUCUUGAAGUUGUUUACGCUUCGAUCUGAAAGUUUGCUAUGCCCCAUCCGACACAACGUUCACUUUGAUCAAGCCGUAACACGACGCCGAGCAAGGCUCCCAACAACGCGAUGGCAAAGAACAAACCCGGGCUUCUCUCCCGCAAGAUGGGCCCGCGACCUCAGACCGCGACGACUGAGCUCGAGGUCCCCGCACCUACAUUCGACCCCGCCCAGAAGCCACGCAAGCUCGCAAAGGCCAACUCGAUGGGAAUCAACCGCGAUCCGUCACCAUCUCCACAUUCUAUGCCACCACCACCAACUCCGCCAUUCGCUGCGUCGUCACAAUCACGAUUCCUGUCUUCGAGGGACAGCUCACCCGGAUCCCGACCACAAACACGAGAUGGCUCCCCGAUGCAAUACCCUCCGUUGUUCGACACUGGACACCGCGUACCAUCAGCAAGUUCAAUGUCAACGAUGGCACCACCCUCAUACAUGUCAGAUAGCGAAGGCUCGGACAGAUCGAAACUACGAAGCCGCCUGACCUUCAUGCCUCGAUCAAGAGAUUCGUCAAGGCCUACAUCAUCAGCUGGUUCAGCACCAUGGGUUCUUGGAGGACCAAACAAGGUGGACUACAACUUGGCGCCACUGCUUUCCGGAGAACGAGUGACAGAGCUCUGGGACGAUACGGCAGAUGUCAACGUAUACCUGUUCCCAACGGGAAAUAAGCCGUCGUUCAAGAUCCCAUCGCGGGUCAUUGAAACAUCCGCGAUGCUCAUGAACAUUGCCUUCAGUCAAAGCCCAACCAGCCCUAUCAGCAUAGCUAGCCCGGUCAGCUUCAACAUGCCAACCAGCCCGACCAUAGUGAACCCAGAACCUACUAUUCUAGAAGAUGCAGUCAUGAACGCGCCAGACGAGGCGAUGAAGCGCUUGGAUUUCAACUUCGAUCUACCCCAACGAAGGCCUUCCGCAGAUUUAUCAGCUUACCUGUCCGCAGACGGGUUUGCCCAAGGCGACUUGAUGGCCAAACCGAACCAGACGCCGAGAGAAGGUCAUCUAUACUUUCCAAUCACGAGACUUACGAUUCCACAGAACCUGCAAGAUGCAGGCAGCGACACUGAUCGUCUACUCGCCGCACGAAACUUGAUUGCAUUUUUGCUUCACAAGCCGCUGAUUGCAUCUAUGAGAUUCCCGACUGAGAUCUCGGUCUUUCUUGGGAUCGCGAGCCACCUUGCCGACGUGGACUUUCUCGACGAGUCCAGCGGGGAUUUUGGACGAGUCAUAACAACGGCGUUUUCCUUCUAUAACGAUAUUUAUAAUCUGCAAGACGUACGAGGAUCGUUCCAAAAGAUGCUCCAAGGAGUUAUCAUGGGCGAAGCGAUGCGCCAUGCACAGCUUUAUCGCGAAGGAUUCAUACAUUGCGUUGGUGCCUAUGGUUGCAAGGGGAUCAGAGAACACAAGCUGUUCGCAAUGGUCUCGGACGCAACAAAGUCGAAAAUCGAGCGAGAAGCCCUCGAUCUCGAGCAUCGUCAAAAGUCCAUCAAGACUCGACUCCAAGAUUUCGACUUCCCCCACAUAUUUAACGGCACUGCCGCCUCCAAGGUCACUGCGGAGAGUAAGACUGUCAGAUUCACCGCAUGGAGGUCUCACUUUGUCGCAUUUCGGUCGUUCGUCCUGUCAUACUACAAGGACCUGCACGGCUCAUGGCCUCCGAAGAGCGGAAAGAGGAGCGGCUUCCAAAUCUCCGGUCUUAACCGCCUGGCCCUGAAGAUCCUGUACGACGACCUCGCAGCACUCUACGAUAUCCUAGUGGAUCGCGAGGCCCUGACGACUCGGACACUAGACGUCGAAGACGUGAAGGGCGAGGACGACAUGACACAGGGACAGCUGGAGCUGCUGGCGCUCCGAAAGAUCAUGUCCGAGCACGACCGCUCCAGUAUCCCCGUCACCCCUCCCAUCCCCUUCGACCUCCCCAAGCUCCCCACCCCCACCACCCUCGACGCCGGCCACCCGAAGCGCUCCGCAAAAGCCCAAGUCACAGCCGAGACCCGACGCCUGCGCCCGUUCGAAAAGCUCCUCGUUCUCGCCAAGGCGCACAACGUCUCCGUGGGCCUUCAGACGCCCUUCCUGCGCAAGUAUGCUGAGUUCGAAGACGAACAGGCGUCGGGAUCGUCGAUCCGUGACCUCCGCGACCAACGCUUCGGAUACUGGAUCUUCCUGUACGCCGUCCUGCAGUGUCUGCCUCCUCUCGUGAUGGACGCUCCGGGUAUUCGCUACACGGGAGGGGUGGAGUACUUCCUGUGCAAGCCCCCUCUCGGCCAUCUUCCAUGGCAAGACGGAAGAACCAUGCGCGACUAUCCCUUUGAUGCGGCUGAGAACACCGCAGAGGCAAUCUACACCCGCAGUCACUGCUGGAUGGCCGGCGCUGACUGGCUGCCUCCUCUGCAGGCCCGCGCCGCGUUAGAGGGCGGCCCGGUUCUGGCCAACUCCCCCUACCUCGCGCCGGUUGACGUGUCGACCCGUGACGGUAGUGGGAGUCCGGUCAGCCCUGCGGGUAGUCCCGCGACGUUUGAGUUCCCAGCCCCGCCUCUCCGACCCAGCCGCCUCAGCUCGGCCACUCCCCCGCCCGACCUGCUGCGCCAUGACAGCAUGGCAACUGUGGUGCGCCGCCCGCCGAGCCGGCAACAGCCGGGACGGGAGGAGUGGCAACCUGCGGAGUUCUUUGGGGAUGCUGGUGCGCCGCCUGGCGUCGGUCUGGGUGCCGAGCUUCUUUCGGUAUCACGGCCGACGUCACGGCACAUGUCCUCCCGGCCCGUCUCGCGCGCAACGUCAGCUUUCGGUGGCGCUGGCUCGGUGUCUGGGGUGAGUUCGGCUGGCGUGGCGCCUGGGAACGGCCCGAGCACGUUCGAUGAUAUCCUUGGCGGGAUGAAGGAGGAGGAAGCGCGUGGGCGGGAGAAGGAGCGAGAGGAGAAGAAGAAGGCGAAAAAGGGGAGGAUAAGCUUGUGGGGGAAUUAGGGGCAGGCGGGCGUGUAUGAGUAUGUUGGUGUUUGUGGGUGGGUGGCGGCGGGACGGCGUUGUAGGAGUACAGGAGUUGGCGGGGGAUUUGUAGCAGUAGAUAAUGAAACCCCUUGCCUGCUCGGUCUUCAAGACCUGCAGAGUGGGUUUUAUGAACUAAUGUGUUUACUUUUGUAAUUAUGUGUUCACGUGCUUGUUUGCAAUGUGAUGAGCUGUUGACUGGGGA